AUGAGCCCUCUCAACAAUAAUGGUGCAGUCCACACCACGGGUACUCCUCGCAUUGGAUUCACAUCAGAUGAGGUUAUGGGCCGUAUUGUUCACGAAAAGCUUACGGGCAAGAACCGGAUUCACGGAUCUUCUCGUCACCUUCGAGGGAAAGAUUUUCAAGUGGUUAAUCUCAUCGUAUAUAGUCUGGAGGGCUACAUGAGCAUCUUAUCUGUGGCAUCCCUGAUCAUAACACAUGAAGAUGUUUCACGGAAAGGUGUGAAGACCCGUGUACUCGAGGCAUCUCCCAUAACACGCCGCACAUUUCUCAAAGAUGUGAGAUAUGCGUUGACUUCAUCCCAAGGCUCCCAAUCAUCCGCGACUUUGUUAACUUGGUCGACGCAAGGGAGCCAAUUGAGGAUGAUGCGAGCGAGAACUUCAGCAUUUCCUAUGGGAGACUCGGGUGUUUCCAAGUCCAAUGUCCGUAAGGAGCGUAUGGAUGUGUGGCCAAGCUGCCGUGGCUUCCAAGAGAAGGUUGUUGUCAAGGUAGAUGCAAGAAUCAAGACAAUCGAGCUGAAGAAAUCGGAGUUGUGUGAAGCAAAGGAGAUGUGUAAUUGCUUUCAAAUAGUUGUGUUGGAGGUCAUUAUAUUCGUUCAAGACAACACCUCUGCCGAAGACAUCACUUCGAUCAUGAUCCAGAAUUUUUUCAACGAGGGGAAUUCACUCUCUACCGUGAAGGAGAGAGCCGUUAGAUUAAGAAAUGGUGAGAAAUCGACGAUGUGCGGAUCCAACGGCCAAGGAGGGGCGCCAUAGCCGCACACCUCACGAAUUCCCACUUCCACCAAGGUAGGGAGGUUGGAGAGGUACUUCCAUGCUGCCCAGUCCAGGGAUGGACAAGAUAGAGUUACAAGCUGCUUGCACAAACGGACGCGGUCAGACAGCAGGGACAGCUGAUCUGCUGUGUUCUUGUCGAAAGCUUUGAUGGAUAAGUGCUUCAAAGCAGCACCAGG